GCCUUGGCCAUUCCGGGUUAUCUGAGUAAGAUGGCGGCCGCGCCGACUCUGCCUCCGUGCGCAAUCGGGCCUGAAGUGAUCCGUGGACAAGUGUUCGAUACCGGGCCUCGAUACACCAACCUUAGCUAUAUCGGCGAGGGAGCUUAUGGCAUGGUUUGCUCAGCUCAUGACAACGUGAAUAAAGUUCGUGUGGCCAUCAAAAAGAUCAGCCCUUUUGAACAUCAGACAUACUGCCAGCGGACCUUGCGUGAGAUUAAAAUCCUGCUGCGCUUCAAACAUGAGAAUAUCAUCGGCAUCAAUGACAUCAUCCGAGCCCCCACCAUUGACCAAAUGAAAGAUGUGUACAUUGUACAGGAUCUGAUGGAAACAGACCUGUAUAAACUUCUGAAGACUCAGCACCUUAGCAAUGAUCACAUCUGUUACUUCCUGUAUCAGAUUCUCCGAGGGUUAAAGUACAUUCACUCUGCCAAUGUCCUUCAUCGGGAUCUCAAACCAUCCAACCUUUUGCUCAAUACUACUUGUGACCUGAAGAUCUGCGACUUUGGACUGGCGCGUGUUGCUGAUCCAGACCACGAUCAUACUGGGUUCCUGACAGAAUAUGUUGCUACCCGUUGGUACCGGGCACCUGAGAUUAUGCUUAACUCCAAGGGUUAUACCAAGUCAAUUGAUAUCUGGUCAGUAGGCUGUAUUCUGGCUGAGAUGCUGUCCAGUAGACCGACUUUCCCAGGCAAACACUAUUUGGACCAGCUCAAUCAUAUCCUUGGUAUUCUUGGCUCACCUUCUCCAGAGGAUCUGAACUGUAUAAUCAACGUCAAAGCCAGAAACUACCUGCAAUCUCUGCCACACAAGAACAAAGUUCCUUGGAACAGAUUGUUCCCCAAAGCUGAUGGAAAAGCUCUGGAUUUAUUGGAUAAAAUGUUGACUUUCAACCCACACAAGAGGAUUGAAGUGGAGGCAGCUCUUGCUCACCCUUACCUGGAACAGUACUACGAUCCCAGUGAUGAGCCUAUUGCAGAAGCCCCUUUUAAGUUUGAUAUGGAGUUGGAUGACCUACCCAAGGAGAAGCUGAAAGAGCUGAUUUUUGAGGAGACGGCCAGAUUUCAACCACAUUAUCAGCAUUCCUAAACUACAAGCACCCUUGCAUACAGGGCCAGGACUGCAGGACUGGACAUGCUCAGAUUUCGUUUGUUUCUAACUCCUCCUGAAUCCUGUCUCGCGCAUCUCAGCUUAUCCAUUAUACUCUUUAAAAACUCUGCCAUGGCACCUGUAACCAUGGAGAUCGUCCAUACUGGAAGCCUUGGCAUUUUAUUUUGCUUGCUGUGGAGAUGAGAAUUCACACAGUUGUAUUGGUAUCUGCAGCAGAUCAGAAAGUUGUACAGCCUGUGUGCGCACAUUUAGUGAUCUAUAUCCUAUGUAACUUAGCAAUGGUGUUUGAAAGAAAGCAGGACUGACUUGGUGAAUAAAUAUACAGAAAAUACCACAGACACAUUUUGAGCACUUCAGUUUAGUUUUUUUGAUGCACUUUGAGAUAUAUUGAAACAUAACUGAUGAUUCAGUAUUACGGUUGCUGUGUCUGGUCACAUCAAAUGCUUCAAAUCUUUGAAUGCAUUGUGUGGGAUUUCUAUUCCUUGCAUGUUCCUGUGAGAUCCCCCAAGCAUAGGAAAAUAUUUAGAUAUUCAAGGACAGAAGAUGUGACUAACCUGCAUUCUUUUAAACCAGUGUUGCUUUGUUGAAUGGUUGUAUAGAUUGUGUACUCAUACACUGAAAGCCCUGUCAAGGUGGCUCCCUCACUAAUGUCUUUUAUUGAUUUUAAAAGUAAAUUACUGGCAUAUAUUCCUGAAAUAUUAUGCAGUGCUGAUGUCAACAGAACUUGUGUAUUACUUUAGUUUACUUUUAACAACAUUCCAUUCAAUUUGUUAUAAAAACAAACUGGAUUCCAUUUCAGAAAUUUGUAUUGGAUAACACAGAUCGAAAAUAAAGUACCUGAUCUGUGGAAAAAGUCUGCCUUGCAUCCUCUGAAGAAUUUCUGUGCUGGCUAAAUUAGAGGAAAUGCAAAUGGAUGCUUUGCUUUGGGGGGGAAAAAAAAUAUCAAGUAGUUUUGAAGGAAGCCUAAGUGAGUGGGUCUCCUUGAGAGCAGCUUAGAAUUCUAAGACCCUGUGUGCUUAUGGCAUUAAGAAUGAAGGGUGUCAUAAAGAUUCCUGUCCCUUUUUCUGUGUUUGCAGAGUGUUUGUGGAUGAAGCCUGUACAAUGUGGAGCUUUCUUAGCUAUAUUUGAAUUCAAAGUGCAGUGCCUGAUCCUUAGUCUCAAAACCUAUUGUGGUGACAAUUGCCUUGUACAAUUUACUGUGUCCAAGCAUGACUGUUAAAGCUUUGUAUACAAAGACUGUCCAAGUGCCACACACACGUACGCGCACACACACGUACACGCGCACACGUACACACACGUACACACGCACACGUGUACACACACACAUUUACCACGGACACAUACAGACCCAUAGUAGGAAUAAAUCUUACUGCUUCAAGCUUCGUCCUAAUCCCUCCUCUGGUUUUCUUUCUGGUUUUGCUUUCUGUAUAAAUCAUGCUUAAUUCCUUUUUUUUUGAAAAAAAGCCGCCUUUUGCAGACUCUGUGAUGUAACUGUAUAGAGCACUCUAUCAUGUAACUUGUUCAGUUGGCUUUUUGUUCUAGUUGAUCUGUUGCCUUUAUAAAUUGUGUACCCUCUGGAGAAAUUUAAACAUGUAUAAUAAAUGGAAAAGCGGUUAUGGUUAAAUUUUAUUGGAAGAAAACCUGCAACAAUAGGUGUCAAAAUGUGAUGUAACCGCAUAGACAUACCUGAUUGUAUUGUGACUGGUAUUGGAUUUAAGCAUAUUAUAUAUAUGGACAAACUUGUAGGUACAAAAAUUUAUUUUGCCUUAAGUUUUUUUCAAUGUUAUAUAUGUAAACAAAAUUUAAUCCGUUAAUGAAUGUUCUUUUUGUUUCCGGCACAUACAGCUCUUGUAAAAUUCUUUAAAUUGGUGUCUCCCUGCAUCUUUUAAAUACAGUAUGUUCUAUACACAACUAACUGUGUGCAUGACUAAUCUCUUGUCUUGCCUUGUGCCCUAUACUUUCAUCAGAUCUUUAAGCUUUUAUUUCUCUGGCCUUCCAUUCCCCUUUUCACUGGGAGAGAAGAAGUGUGGUGAAGGACAGCUGCCAUGUAUUGGUUUGCGUGAUUAAAUGGAGCAUGAGCUGACUGAGGCUAACGCUAACCAACCAAGAAAGUUGCCAGAAGUUCCAUUACAUCAUUGCAACCUUCCAACCUUCGAAAUCAGAACCAUAGGCUUGAGAAUUGAUGGAAUAAAGAGUCAAAUGAUUAAGUAGAAAAGCUCAGCUUUAAAAGAUUUGAGGGAGAGGGUUCAGCAAACUUUAUGGAGAAUGUUCUCUCAACUGGAGGGAUCACCUAUGUAAAGCCCAUGUUCCUCCAAUUGGAAUAUUGGACAAUUAUGACAGUGUAGAUGAAGCUACUUGUUUAAAACUUGUUACAUUGUUAGAUUACAAUUUUGUUUUGUAUAAGUAGGCUUCCAUGCUGUACAAUUGUGCAGAUCAGCAUGGCUCCCCUGCAAUUAAAUGUUAGUAAGAGAAGGCAGAAUGUUGAGUUGGAAUGGGAGCAUGAGCUACAUAGCCUUCCCAUGAAAACCAUUCGAUCUUUCAAACACAAUAAGAGAAUUAGAAGACAUUGUUACUUCUAUCAGAACCAAGAUUAAUAGUCAAAAUUAUUUACCAAGUAAAAUGCAGGAUGGUAUGCAAUUUUUUAAAUAUCGGAUAAUGUAUUGUUUUGCAUUUUAAUCCAGUUAAUUUGUUAUUGGCUAUUUUUUCCAUUAAAAUGUACAUUGAUUAAUCUACAA